CUGAACAAACCACCCCAACAAAACCAUAUUGCGAUUAAAAGCAGAGUAAACACGUCGGUUUGAGAGCGCACCUAUAUAUAGAUAUAUAUAUGUUCGAAACUAGGGCUUUUUCUUUGUCGUUCAUUCUCGAUUUCUCUAUUCUCUCUUCAGCCGCUUCGCUUCAGCUACAGCCCACGAAGCUUUUUCUCAGGCUCCGGCAGCUCCAGUUGAUAUGCUCUGUUGGAAAACUUGAUCAGCAAAGCAACAUGUCUACUUCAGACGAAGAAAUCACAAGGCUAUACAGAAUCCGUAGAACGGUGAUGCAAAUGCUGAUGGACAGGGGAUAUGUGGUGGUAGAUUCCGAUUUAGAGACAAAACCUCAGUUCGUUCAUAGAUUUGGCGAGAACAUGAAAAGGGAAGACCUUGUUAUCAAAAAAGUCAAGCGCGAUGAUAGCUCCGAGAUUUAUGUUUUCUUUCCUGAGGAGCCGAAGGUUGGUGUCAAAACAAUGAAGACUUAUACCAAUCGCAUGAAAUCAGAUAAUGUUUUCCGAGCAAUAUUGGUUGUUCAACAGAAUCUCACACCCUUUGCGAAACAAUGCAUAAAUGAAAUAGCAGCAAAAUUCCAUUUGGAGGUUUUCCAGGAGGCAGAGUUGUUGGUCAACAUUAAAGAACAUGUUCUUGUACCUGAGCACCAGCUCCUGACAAAAGAGGAAAAGAAAACUUUGCUGGACAGAUACACAGUUAAAGAAACACAGCUACCUCGAAUUCAGGUGACUGAUCCAGUUGCCAGAUACUAUGGGAUGAAGCGUGGGGAAGUUGUGAAAAUUAUUCGACCAAGUGAGACUGCAGGCCGUUAUGUCACGUACCGCUAUGUUGUCUAAAUUUCUUCCAGCAUCCUAACUAGUGGAGUAGAAUUCUGAAGCCUUGUUCUGGUUGAAAGCAUUCUGGUUUUGUUUCACUUGAUGAAUCAAGCAACUAGCAGACGAGUAAUUUAGAACCUAAUCAAAUUUUGAACUUAAUUUUUCUGUUGCCUAUUAGCCUAAUUUGGUUAGCUUAUAUGUAUACAUAUCUUGGUUAGCUUAUAUAUAUAUACAUAUAAAGACAGUUAUUUGUUUCGAACCCUAGUAAUGGACGUUGUGAUGUUCUCAUAUAAACAUUUUGUAUUGUUCUCGGCAUUUACAUUCCAUUUUGGCAAUGCAUGUGAUUUAUUCAUCUA